UAAUAUAAACACAGCUACGUGAAAAAUCAACAGCUAUGUGGAAAAAAUCAACAAUUUCAUUGAUAAUCCGGAAUUUUACGAGCCUGUAAAAUUAAUAGUUUAAAUUUUAACAUAGCCAUCGAUCUCUUAAAGAAAAUUAAUUUUGAACUGAAUAAUUCACAGCUGAAAUAUUUACAUUAACGACAAUACAUAAAAACCGACAGGAAAAUAUCCAGUACAAAAGUGUCCUUUUGGAAGUUAUAAUUUUGUAGUACUCAGUUUAACGGACACUGCGUGUUAAAUGCAGAAUUACAGUGGAGUUACAUGUAUUAAUGAGAUUACUUUUUAGAUGAAUUAAAUACACUGUUGAUUCCAGGGCUCUUGAAGUAGCAAACUAUCCAGGGCCGCGGACUGCACCUAGUGGUCUAAGCCGAUUUUAUAACAGAGGAUCUGAAACACCUAGGAAUACUCAGAGUCAAAAUGAACCCAAACAAGCAAUUGAAGCUAGUAUCGAGAUUGAUUACGAUCUUUUGGUUUCAAACGUGGAGAAUAUGUUAAUUGCAGACAAAAAGUUACUUAAAAAGGAAUUAAGACCAAAAGAUUUACUUGUGAAAAGUAAUCCAGCACUAUUUGGUAAUAUGCAUCCGGAUAUCACCAACCCACGUGACAUGUACAACUUCCUGUCACGACGAAAGUUUCCUAAAGUUGCAGACGACUUGUCCUUUUCUGGACAGAAAAGUAAUUAUGAGGAACGACUUCAACGUAGUAGUAGUUUUAAGGAUUUAAAUAAGUCUUCAAAUGCAAAAAUGCAGAAGAAAUAUCACUUUCAUAGUCACGUGGAUUUAAGUUUAAUGGAAAAGAAAGAUCCAAGUUUGGCAGCGCUAAAUAGUAACGCACCAUACUUUGGGCCAGAGGAUAUGGCGAAACUUCCAGAACGUGAGAAAACUAUGAUGACAAACUUCAAUUUACCUUCUUUAAAUGAAGUAGGAAAUGAAACCGGAAAAGUGAACGGAAACGAGGCUGCGAAUGAACCAGUGUCUUUCCCUGUGAUACAAAAUACCGACCCUAAUAAAGGAGCAAAAUCAGAACCAAAGAUAAAACGUACUAAAUCUCUCGGACCUAGGAGUAAAUCAAAUGUUACUUUUAGCAAUAAAAUUGACAAAUGGUUUUCAGAGAUGCCAUCAGACGUGACUGACAAAGCGGAUAGAGCCAUCAUGGCGGAUAUGAUUCGUGAACGAAUGACGGCGUACCAGAACAACUACCGGUCUGAUGAAAUGAUUUCGAAAAUGAAACGACGCCAUACCAAUCUGAAAUCUUUGAAUCAAAUUCAACACCAAUAUCUGGAAUUAAGGGCUGAUACUGCUCCGAAACCUCGUCGAAACGAUUUGACUUUAAGCCAUUAUAAAAUGAAACAAAAAUCUUCACUUAGUCUAAAAACCGAUUUGAACGAUCUUGAAAAGUGUGAAAACCCUUUUGAUUUAACAGAUAAAACUCAAAACGUAAAACAUUCAGACGAAAAUGGAAACGAUGAAAAUAAAACAGCUCGUAGAGAUAUAACUAAGUCGAAGAGUCAAGGAUUAAAUGGAUUAAAAAGAAUCAAUUUAGAUCAAUUUGCCGUUGAUGCCUACAACCUUAAUCCCAAUCACCGAUUUACAUUUGCACAACUUCAAAACGUUCACAACAAUAGAUUCAUUGAAGAAAUAGACGAGGAAACUCUUCGUCGAAAGUCUGAUAAAGAACACUGGCUACGAAUGAGUCAGACACAAACUCAUCCAUCAAUUGUAAAUAUUAGAUUAGACAAAGAGAAAAAAGAAAAUGCAAGGUCUUCUCACCUUCGACAAGCAUUGUCAGUUGUCAAAAUGGAUGCCAACAAAGAUGAAGAAGACAACAAUCAGCAUGCGCAGAUACAACUUCCCAACGGAAGAGACAAUCAAAGUGCAUCUUCAGCGUCAAGUUCUGAUAACAUAAGAAGAAAGAUGACAUCAAAAGCGGCUUUGUCAAAAUUUAAGACUUUGGACGUAUUUGAAGGAACCAAGAAUGUCCUUGCCGACAACCAUGUACUAACAGGAGCCGAACAAUAUACAAAUCCUUUAGUAAAAUUAGAUUUGAGAAGAGCUCGUACACAACAUAGACAUUCAAAGGAAUUAGAAAAUUCCAAUUCUGGUGUUUUAGGAAGGAAGCCACAUGAGAUAGCUACCGUCGACUUUCGGUUUGGUCAAGGCGAGGUUACAAUAACGCGGAAGGCUAAUGGCGGCCUGGCAUCGCCUGAUCUAGGGACUAUAAAAUCUCCUAAUGCUCCACCAAAUAAUACUGAAUAUUCAGGUAUUACUCCUGUAAAUGAACACAGUGUAAAUACUGAAAGGUCAAAAGUAGACCAAGUAUUACCUAAGGAAGAAAAUAUACCAGUUAUUUCGGAGACCCAAGGCUUAGUACAAGCACCGGAUUGUUCAUUUUCAGAAACAGAGGAGGCCUUUCAUCAAGAAGACAUUCCAGAGGAAAAUAAAAUCAAAACAAUAUCACAACAAAACGGGGUUACAAAUCUUGAAAGUGACAAUGAAGAUAAAAAUUUAAGUGCUCAACCCGAAAGGUGAUGUUAAGUUUUUAAUAGUUGUAAAACCUUACAGUAUUUUAAUUUAUUAUUUUUAACACUCAUAUCUAUUAUAUUGAAGCCACAUGCUCUGUGUGAUUAAAGACAAUAAAUAAUAUAU